CAUUUGAGUUCAUUUUGAAAUAUUUAAACGAAAGAAGCGCUUACAUUCUUGAACAAAAGUGGUGUCAAACACGUCCGAAUUAUAAAAUGCAAAAAUUACAAAAGAAACCACCAAAUCGCACCGAGUUGGCGAAAUUAAUAAAAGAUGUACCCGAAGAAUACCAACAACACAUACAAUCGAUGUCCUUAAAAAUGAUGCAACAUCCUGCAUAUGGACAGCCUUACCAAUGGACUACGCGUGAUUUUGAAAUGGGCGCUCCUUUGGGGCGAGGAAAGUUUGGUCGCGUGUAUUUGGCUCGUGAACGAACAUCAAGUUUUAUAGUAGCUAUGAAGGUAAUGUUUAAAGCUGAACUUGAAAAGGGAAAUGUUCAACGACAAGUCCUUCGUGAAAUUGAAAUACAAACACGACUCAAGCACCCCAAUAUACUGAGAUUACUGACAUGGUUUCAUGAUGACAGUCGAAUAUACCUUGCACUUGAAAUUGCUUCUGAAGGUGAAUUAUAUAAGCAUUUGCGUAAUUCUCCACAUCGACGUUUUGAAGAACCACGAGCAGCAAAAUACACUUACCAGGUAGCCGAUGCUCUUGAAUAUUGCCAUUUAAAUAAUGUCAUACAUCGCGAUUUGAAACCAGAAAACAUAUUGUUAACUUCGUCAGACGAUGUCAAAUUAGCUGAUUUUGGUUGGUCGGCACACACUAUAUCUAAUAAGCGUAAAACAUUAUGCGGUACUUUGGAUUAUUUACCACCCGAAAUGGUGGAUGGGCACAUAUAUGAUCAUUCUGUUGAUCAUUGGUGUUUAGGAAUAUUAUGUUAUGAGUUUUUAGUGGGCUGUGCGCCUUUCGAGUCCAACGACAAUGAAAAAACUUACGAGAAAAUUAGACGUCUGGAAGUUUAUUAUCCUCCAUAUUUGAGUUCUGGGGCAAAAGAUCUAAUUUCUAAGUUGCUGCGAAAAUCAAAUAAUGGGCGAAUUACACUCGUGGAGGUUAUGAAACAUCAUUGGGUCAAGGAAAAUAUGGCUAUAAGGAACGCUUACUUAGAAGAGAAAAAGCUCUAGAGUAAAGUUUUUUAAUAUCUUUCAUUGUUUAUAUCAUAAAAUAUUCUAAAGAUUUUAAUAAUAAAAAUUUCCAUAUUAGAAAAUA